AUGACGAACACGAAAAGAUCAUUAGAUUACUGGAGGAAAAUUUUCAGUUGCGCAAAAACUGAUAUUUUUGAGUUGAUCGACAAAGCGAUUCUCGUAGCAGCAGUGGAUUAUUCGAAUGAAUUUAACGACAGAAAGGAUCAGAUUCUUGAAAUGCUAUAUGCUCCUCAGCUUUCCCCCAACAAUGGCUAUACUAAUCCGAAGGAGGAAAAGAACCCCCACCCUGACAACCAUCUGGAGAGUCAGAUAGUUGGAGAGGUGAUGAAGAUAAAAGACAUCCUUUUCAACAAUCAAAAUGAGUCUGAUUCAAUCUUGUAUGAUUCGCUGAGGACUCUGCAACUUCUGCAUUUGUCUGUAGAAACGCUGAAGGCGACUGAAAUUGGAAGAACUGUAAAUGUUCUGAGAAAACACAGCUCCAAACAGAUUCAAGAGCUUGCUCGAACUCUCGUUAAUGGAUGGAAAGAGUUGGUAGAUGAAUGGGUUAAAUCUGCUGCUGCUAACAAGCUGAAAGAAGUAUCUACAAUUGAUAAUGGAAAUGGCUACCCAUCAAAACUAACUUCUAAACAAAAGCCAUGCAGCCAUUUCUCUGAAAUGAAAGGAAAGCCUUCAAAUAGUCCACAAAAGAAUGCAGAGCAGUCCAAUGAGACUUCAGAUAUGUCAAAGUUAGAGAUUUCAAAGAGAAAACUUAUUGAAGGAUAUCAACGAAUAGAACAUGCAAAGAAGCAAAGAAUGAUAAAAAUUAUAGAUCCGCGUGAUCUACCAAUGGAUUCACAUGAGAAAGGAAGACGAAAAAGGAAGUCUUGA